AUGAUUGCAUUUGUUUGCGGAUUUUACUUGGUCAAUCUUCUGGCUCCAAUUAUGAUGGUUUGAAGUUUAAAAUUCUUUAACCUCGUUUUGAAAUCUAAUUUUCAGAAAUACGGUCCAACUAGGGCCUUUCUGGAAGCAGUUGGUCAUUGGAAAUGGCUGAGGGGAUUGAUUUGGAACAGGAAAUCACAAAUAAGGUAGUUAAAUGGUUCAAGUAGGAUUUUAAUAGUUUUAAUUUGCAGAUUCACUCUCUGGAUUACGAUAAUUUUGUCACUGGCUAUGUAUUUCACGAAAGAUAUGGUUGUGAUCAAAGAAAAGACGAUUUAUAUUCCGGUAGGCUGUGGAUUUCUUCAAAGAAAAAAUGUAAGUUUUCAGAAUUUCUCGGCGGAAAGAGGAGAACUCAGAUUGGCUGUGGUUUCAGAUAUUCAUGCUGGAGCCAGUGUGUACAGGAAACAGGUAAAAAAAAAAUCUAAAUAAUGAUUUUCAUUAAAAGUGAUACUUUCAGGUGGAAAAAGUGGUGGAUAAAGUUUUGGACACGAAAGCCGAUGCGGUUUUAAUUGUUGGAGAUAUGGUUGAUGGCUCCGUGGCGGAUUUGGAAAGCAGAGUGGAUCCUUUUUGGUUCAUUUUUUUGAAAGGAAAAUAUUGGAAUAUGAUAUUUCAGGAUCCUCCCCCACCGAUACCCGACCUAUUUCGUCACUGGAAAUCACGAAUAUUACUAUGGAGACGCCUCGGAAUGGGUUAAACUGUAUAAGAAGAACGGGAUCAACGUCUUGGAGAACAAGUUUGACGGAAAAACUUCAUUGAAAUCAUUAUUUUUUAACUUUUCAGCAGCACAAUGUUCAAAGGGGUCUGCUUGGCUGGUGUCAACGAUAUUUCGAGUGGGAAAAUGGGGUUAAAAAUAGAAAAAAUUUUGAAAUUGCAAACUGAAAAUUCAGGAUUGCCGAUCAUUACAUGAACGUGUCAACUGCGAUUCGUGGGUGUCCGGCCAAAGCUUCGAGGAUUUUGAUGGCACACAAUCCGGCCUCAGUUCUGGAUUUCCCGCCCGAAGACCUUCAAACAAUUGAUCUGAUUCUAUCUGGUGCGAUUUGGAGUGAACUAGAACAAAAAAAUCUAUUUUUUCACAUAAAAACCAUUUUCAAUAAAAUUAGGCGCUGUUUAACGACUUUGGGCGCUGCUUAACCAUUUCGGGCGCUGCUUAACAUUUUUGGGCGCUGCUUAACAAUUUUGGACGUUGCUUAACGUUUUUGGGCGCUGCUCAACAGUUUUGGCGCUGCUUAACAAUUUUGGGCGCUGCUUAACAAUUUUGGGGGCUGCUAUUUUUGGGCGCUGCUAAACAUUUUUGAGCGCUGCUUAACAAUUUCGGGCGCUGCUUAACAUUUUUGGGCGCUGCUUAACAUUUUGGGCGCUGCUUAACGUUUUUGGGCGCUGCUUAACAGUUUGGGCGCUGCUUAACAAUUUUGGGCGCUGCUUAAAUUUUUCGGAAAGCAAAAAUAUUCCAGUAAUAUCGAUUUUCGAGUAGUUUCACCUUAUUUUCGUCAAAGUUAAAUCAUUUCAUUUCAAAAACUUUUCGUAAAAAGGAUAAAUUUAAGGUCACACCCACGCCGGACAGUUCUACGUGGUGAUUCCCGUCGUUUAUUGGAUGUUGCCAUAUUUUUAUGGGCUUUACAACAUUGCCCCUCAUACCCAAAUGAUGAUCUCGGCUGGAAGCCUUUAUCAGGUAAUUUUUCAAAAGAAUUCUGAAUUAUAAAUUUUAAAAAUGGAUUAAUUUAGGGACCGCCCAUGAAGAUGCUCGGAAUGUCCGAAGUUUGGCUUCUCACCAUCAAAUCUGCUUAAUUUUUUUUUUCAUCCAGUAAAAAAAAUGUAUUGAUAGAAACACUAACAAGUUCUAAAAUGAUCUGACACUUUCUUUUCCAGUUUUCCAGCGAUCUUGGGUAUUAUUCAGUUUUAUUCAUUCUUUUUUAUUGCUCGGGUUCCGUUUUUUUUCUGUUUCUUGACGGUGAUUCAAGUUGGAUUGAACCUAAUUUAAUAAAUUAUUUGUUUCUUCGAAUCUUGUGAACUUUUUCCAUUGGUUUGAACCUUAAUAUUUGAAAUGUGUUAUUGUUUUAGUGGAUUUUUCGAAGUUUCUUUUUUCAGAACAGGGUUGAGCGGCUGUGAAACUAUCAGCCGUGAUAAUUUUUAACGAAUCGAUACAUUUUCCUUGAAAAAAUGUCGAUUUUGGCCGAGCCUAAGCGCCGACAGCGUAUAAGUGUCGAUCCACAAAACCUUGGCUGGAAAAAAAUGAUGAUCAGAAGUAAGAUUUUUUUGAAUGAAAUUAUUUUUUUAGGUUAAAAAAAUUUCAUUCAAAUGAUUAUUUUGCUAGAAACAAUUUUUUUCAAAGAUCAAUUUUGCAUUUAUUUUUUUGAAGAUAUGACCCUUUCACUACUAAAUUUCAGUUUGAUUCGUGAUUUUUUUGUAUAUUUUUGAUAAAUAGAAAAAAAUUAUUUAACUUAUUAUUCUUCCGGUAAUUUGAUAAAAUUUUUGAUAGGUGAAAAAUUUUUUUCUUUUGAAAAAUUAGACUUUAAAUUUUUAGCUGUGUUCCUUUUCAACAUUUGAGGCUAAUUUUAAAAUCAAUCCGAAGAAAAAUUGGUUAAAACUUUGAAAAAUGGAUAUACAGUUCAAGUUUUCAUUCGAAAUUUUUUAGGUUCUCGAAAAAGCUAAUGGAAAAGAUGGGUUGGAACGAAGGAGACGGUCUCGGAAAAAAUCGCCAGGGAAAUUCCAACAACAUCAAAUUGAAUCCGAAUGUGUCUGGAAAAGGUGGGAAAUUUGACGAUAUCUUUUUCAAUAAAAAAAAAAUAGUAAGCAUUCAUUCCCGUUUCAGUUAUUUCUCCAAUAGCUAUUUCGAUUUUUAAGAGAGAUCGCGUAGAAAUUUUCAACAGGUUUGGAUAUGAUUACAUUUUAUUGCUUAUUUUUCCAGGAGUUUAAAUUACAUGGGAUUUAAAGAUUUUUUUUUUCGAAAUUACUCCUUUUUAGAUUUUUGCGUCUUGUUCAAUUGUAACCGUAAUUUUAACUGAAGGAUUUUUUAUGUAUAAAUUUUACUUUUUACCGUAUUUUCAUUGAGGUAAUGAACAAUUUCUUUAUUUUCCAUGUUUCCAGGUCUUGGCGCCGAUAAAUUGGCCUCUUAUGACGCCACUUGGAUCGCUUGUCAUGACGAUUUUGCCGAUUUAUUGAACGCCUUGAACAAAAAUAAAGAAGAGGUCUUCAAAAAAUGAAUUUAAAUAAGGUAUUUGUUGAUUUUCAGGACCCUCAAGACGAGACGGAGCAGCAAAAACAAGCCGAAAAGAUUUCCAUCGAGCUGAAAAGCAAAUCAUUAAAAAGACGGAUUCAGUUGGUUUUUGCCUUCUAUUUAAACAAAAAUUUAUUCAUUUAAAAAAAAUUUAAAAUUUCAGCUACCAAAAGUUCGCCCGGGCCAAAGACACGGCCAACCACAGCGAAAACGACAAAACCGCCAUCUUCGGGCUCGGAAAGGGCAGGAAAGCCCAGGAGGAGGAGUUGAGCCCGAAGAAGGCCGAUUCGGCGACGUCUUCCGACGAGAAUGAGGGGAAAAAUGUGAGGAUUGAAGUACUGUAGGAUACUGUAGGGGUUGAUGAACUUAGUUGAAGGUUUUCAACGAAGAAACUGGACCAAAAAGCUUUUAGUUUUUAAAAUUCUGAGAAGAUAGGUUUCUUUAGGAUUACUGUAGACAUCACUAGGUCUAAUUACUGUAAGAGAAAAAUGUGAGGAUUGAAAUACUGUAGGAUACUGUAGUGAUUGAUAAAUUUAGUUGAAGAUUUUGUACGAAGGACCUAGACCAAAAAGCUUCUAGUUCUCAAAGUUCUGUAAGAUACGGAACUGUAGGAUUACUGAAGGAAAGGAAUUUGAGGACUAGAGUACUGUAGGUUACUGUAGGAUUGAUAAACUUAGUUUAUCGUUUUCAGCGAAGAAACUAGGCCAAAAAGAUACUAGUUCUCGAAACGCUAUAAGAAGAUACGGAACUGUAGGAUUACUGUAGAUAUCACUAGGUUGAUAUACUGUAGGAGAGAAAUUUGAGGAUUAAAUUACUGUAGGACACUGUAGUGAUUGAUAAAUUUAGUUGAAGAUUUUGUACGAAGGACCUAGACCAAAAAGCUUCUAGUUCUCAAAGUUCUGUAAGAUACGGAACUGUAGGAUUACUGAAGGAAAGGAAUUUGAGGACUAGAGUACUGUAGGAUUGAUAAACUUAGUUUAUCGUUUUCAGCGAAGAAACUAGAUCAAAAAGAUACUAGUUCUCGAAACGCUAUAAGAAGAUACGGAACUGUAGGAUUACUGUAGAUAUCACUAGGUUGAUAUACUGUAGGAGAGAAAUUUGAGGAUUAAAUUACUGUAGGACACUGUAGUGAUUGACAAAUUUAGUUGAACGUUUUGAACGAAGAAACUAGACCAAAAAGAUUCAAGUUCUCAAAGUUCUGUAAGAUACGGAACUGUAGGAUUACUGAAGGAAAGGAAUUUGAGGACUAGAGUACUGUAGGUUACUGUAGGAUUGAUAAACUUAGUUUAUCGUUUUCAGCGAAGAAACUAGAUCAAAAAGAUACUAGUUCUCGAAACGCUAUAAGAAGAUACGGAACUGUAGGAUUACUGUAGAUAUCACUAGGUUGAUAUACUGUAGGAGAGAAAUUUGAGGAUUAAAUUACUGUAGGACACUGUAGUGAUUGAUAAAUUUAGUUGAACGUUUUGAACGAAGAAACUAGACCAAAAAGAUUCAAGUUCUCAAGACUUUGUUAAAAGAUACGGGACGGUAGGAUUAGUGUAGGAGAAAAAUGGGAAUACUUCUGUACUGUAGGUAACUGUAGCGGCUGAUAGACGAAGUUUAAGGUUUUUGACGAAGAAACUAGACCGAAAAGUUCUAAUUUUCAAAAUUCUGUAAGAUGAUAGGGAGCUGUAGGAUUACUGUAGACAGCACGAGGUCGAACUACUGUAAGAGAAACAUUUGAGACUCAAAGUACUGUAGUUUACUGUAAAGGCUGAUAGAUCAAGUUGAAGCUUUCGAACGAAGACACUAGACCAAAAAGUUCUAAUUUUCAAAAUUCUGUAAGAAGAUACGGAACUGUAGGAUUACUGUAGUAAGAAAUAUGAUGAAUGAAGUACUGUAGGAUACUGUAGCGGCUGAUAGACAAAGUUGAAGGCUUUUGAACGUAUAAGAUACGGAACAGAAGGAUUACUGUAGAAGAAAAAUGUGAGUAUGAAGGUACUGUAGGAUAUUGAAAUACUGUAAGAUUGAAAUGUCGGUAAAAAUCAAAAGCUAGAUUGCACUACAGCAUCUCUUUUAUUAAAUGAGAUUCAAGUUCUGAGCUGCAGAGUACUGUAAUUACCGUAUCCUAAUAUUAUAUAUCCGAAAAUUUCCAGGACGAUGAGCCCAAAGGCGAAGGCAACACGACGGUCAGUACCAUGUCCGUCAGCCAGUAUUUUGCCGCUAAAAUGGCAGCGAUCAAAGCGAAACGAGUCGACGUCAAGGUCGAAGACGACGGAGAAGUCGUCGUCAAGGUCGAGGAAACAGAAGAAGUCGUCGAGGAGGAAGAUGAAGAAGCCGUCAGAAAAAGAGAAAAAAAGGAAAGGAAGCGACUGAGGAGGGAGCAGCGGCAGAAAGAGCAAGAAGUUCGUCAUUUGGAGUGUCGUUGUUAGUAAAAACUGCAACAGAAUGCUCAGUAGGGAUGACUCCGUCAUUUGGAAUGUUGUUGAGGAUCUUGAAAUUUGGAAACCAAGGCAUUAUGAAAGUGAAUUUUCUGUUGUAGUUAUCAAAUUUGUAAGUUUUAGCGUUGUUUGGAACUUUGUUAUUGAAAAAUAUAGAUUAGAACGUUUUUUGAAGAUUAUGGCCGUAAUUUGGAGUGUCGUUUUUAUAAAAUGGAACAGAGAGUUCAUAAGGAAUGAUUGCGUCAUUUGGAGUGUCGUUGUUAUGAAAAAUUGAAUAUAAUUAUCUUUAGGAAUAACUCCGUCAUUUGGAUUGUCGUUGUUAUGAAAAAUUGAAUAGAAUUGUCUUUAAGAAUAACUCCGUCAUUUGGAUUGUCGUUCAAAAAAAAUUUUUUUUUGGAAAAAACGGUUUGAAUUGGAAUCGAUAGGGUUAUGUUUCUGAAUUUUGUGUCGUUCGGAGCUUCGUAUGGAAAAGGAUAAUUUGGGGUAGUUCUGAAAAAAAAAUCUAGUGCCACUUUUACCCAUAAAUUUUGUGAUUUCAUUCUAAUUUUCGGUUAUGGGCGUCAUUUGGAGCAUCGCUAGUCAAAAAAAAAAAUGGAGCAAACUUUUUUUUUUUGCAAGAUCCCAUCUUCAGAUUUUGCUUUUUGGAUUUUCAUCAUUUUUUUUUAGUUUAAAGUUAUUUUUUUCGGUUUCAGUUUUCACUUUUUUAGGCCAAAAUUAGGUAUAUCAUUUUUAGGAAGAAGCCGAAGCCGUGCAAGUUGAAGUGAAAGAAGAAGUAAAGGAAGAAGAGGAGGAAGUAGUUGAAGACGAAGAAGCUGAACGAAAACGGAGGAAAAAGGAGAAGAAACGGGCCCGGGAGCUGGAGAAGGUCGAACAAGCUGAAGAAGGUGCCUUUUUGGGGACCUGGUCCAAUUUUUCCCAGAAAAUAUCAGUUUUUUUUUGAUGAAGGAUAGUUCGACACAACUAUGCUCCAUUGAGAAAACCCUCAAUUUUUUUACAAGAAAUUUUUUUGCAGGAGGAGAACCGGAGGAGGAACCGCCGAAGAAAAAGAGCAAAAAAUCGAAGAAAAACAGCGAUGAGUAA